UAUAUAAAGUCGCAAAGUCGAUGUUCGGAAGUAUUGCAGAUCCCCAAUUCUCUGCCUUCCCGCAAAUCAAAUUAGGGUUUCUUUCCAUUCCAUCCGAAAAUACUAAUCGAUCCAGGGUUCUUCCUUUCGUUGCUGAAAUCCCGUUUGCUGUCAACGAUGGAGCCGAAGACUAUCCAGUCCAGCUCUGAUGAGUCACUUCCCAGUUCUAAAUCCUUCCCUGUCGGCGGAUCGUCUCUGCCAAAGAGGCAGAAGGUGGAAGAAGAAGAAGACGACAAGGAAUCCAGUGAUGUGUCCGUUGCUGAAUUGAUGGAGGCGGGCAAAGAGUUGACGCCGAAGGCAGAGACGCCGUUUGAUCCGGACGAAGAUGAAGGCUACCAACGCCUCCUUAAGAAAGUUACGGACAGCGAGGGUUUCGAUUUGGACGAAGACCCUCCUAUGGAGUACAUUUUUGCCGGCUUCCGGUUGGUGAGGGUACACUUAAACAAUCCAUACCACGCCGGUCACGCGAGGAUUGUUCGCAGCUGCAUCGACUUUGCAAUAAAGAAACAGAGCGAACGUGUUUGUGAUAUAUUAUAUAGAUUCUCAUCUCCUUCCCCUAUCUAUUUGAUUCCCCUUUCAAUUUUGGGCUCUAGCAUGUAUAUAUGUAUGUGUAACACCUCUUUGUGCUCGCAGCUCACCUACGUUGAUACCGUGAGUGCGAAUGUUAUGGUGGAAGUUGGUCAUAUCUAUUUCAUUACAUUCCGAGCCAGGGACUCUUCCUCGCAAGUCAAAACUUACCAAGCCGAGGUUUCAUCUGGCCUUUGGGAUGAGAUGGAUGUCAAAAUCUUCCGGGAGAAGAAACCCUAGCAGCCAGGCCAGAGUGAUCGAGCUAGCUGAGCUGAGGUGAAGGCUUUAUUACACCCCGGCCCCAAGAGAGAAAAAGGAGAGGAAAAAAGUAGUAAAAGUGGAUUGACAGACAUAAAGAUAAUUUCUUUUGAUGUAGUCUAAUGUUAUAAUUUUUUUUUUUUAUUUUAUAAAAGAAUCAUUAUGGUUUCUUGUUAAAUCCAUUUACAUUUUUUAAAAGCUUGUGAAACACAUAUGACACGUGUAUUGUAUGAACCAAGUACGCAAAGGCACCAUUAGACAUACGGGUGAAAAUCACUAAUCAUCAUUGAACUCAUCUUAUUAGUUUACACUUACCAUUUGAGCUCCAUUUUAGUUCAGCGAAACCACUAAAUAGGGUUAAUAGCAUUUUAUAUCUUUCUACUAUUGUAGUUUAACAAAUAUACAC